CGCGAUGAUCGUGCCGACAGGGCCAGGGACUCGGCCAGAACCCGCUGCCCGACUCUCCCUUGGCAGCUGCUCCCCCACCACGCUGGUUUUUAUCAUGAAAAAGGAAAUUCCUCCUGCUUUGGACCAUGGCAGCUCCAGACGCGGAGGUGGAGGUAGAGGUAGAGCCGGGGGUCAGAGGCCCUGAGAUCGUCACCAUGGGGGAGAAUGACCCGCCGGCAGCCGAGGGGCCCUUCUCUUUCCGGUCACUGUUCGGCCUCGAUGAUUUGAAAAUAAGUUCUGUCACACCAGACGCCGAUGCGGUGGCUGCACAGAUCCUGUCGUUGCUGCCCUUGAAGUUCUUUCCGAUCAUCGUUGUGGGGAUCAUCACGCUGAUCCUGGCACUGGCCAUCGGGCUGGGUGUCCACUUUGACUGCUCCGGGAAGUACAGGUGUCGUUCGUCUUUUAAGUGUAUCGAUCUGGCAGCGCGCUGCGACGGGGUGUCCAACUGCAAAGAGGGGGAGGAUGAGUACCGGUGUGUGCGGGUGAGCGGCCGCGCCGCGGUGCUCCAGGUGUUUGUGGCUGGCGCCUGGAGGACCAUGUGUGCCGACGACUGGAAAGGGCCCUACGCCGGCGUGGCCUGCGCCCAGCUGGGCUUCCCCAGCUAUGUCGGCUCGGGUGACCUCAGAGUGGACCUGCUGGAGCCACAGUUCCAGGGGGACUUUGUGUCCAUCAACCACCUCCUCCCAGACGACAGGGUGACCGCGCUACACCACUCCGUGUACAUGAGGGAGGGAUGUGCUUCGGGCCACGUGGUCACUGUGAAGUGCACAGUCUGUGGGCUGAGGACGGGCUACAGCCCGCGCAUCGUGGGCGGGAAUGCGUCCUCGCCGGCGCAGUGGCCCUGGCAGGUCAGCCUGCAGUUCCAGGGCUACCACCUGUGUGGGGGCUCGGUCAUCACGCCCCAGUGGAUCAUCACCGCCGCGCACUGCGUUUACGACCUGUACCUCCCCAAGUCCUGGGACAUCCAAGCGGGCCUGGUUUCCCUGCUGGACAGCCCAGCGCCCUCCCACUUGGUGGAGAAAAUAGUCUACCACAGCAAAUACAAGCCAAAGCGGCUGGGCAACGACAUCGCCCUCAUGAAGCUAGCUGGCCCACUCACCUUCGACGAGAUGGUCCAGCCGGUCUGCCUGCCCAACUCGGAGGAGAGCUUUCCAGACAGCAAAGUGUGCUGGACGUCAGGAUGGGGGGCCACGGAGGACGGAGGAGACACGUCCCCGGUCCUGAACCACGCGGCUGUCCCUCUCAUCUCCAACAAGAUCUGCAACCACAGGGACGUGUACGGGGGCAUCAUCUCCCCGUCCAUGCUGUGUGCGGGCUACCUGAAGGGCGGCGUGGACAGCUGCCAGGGAGACAGCGGCGGGCCCCUGGUGUGCCAGCAGAGCCGGCUGUGGAAGCUAGUGGGCACCACAAGCUUCGGCAUGGGCUGUGCGGAUGUGAACAAGCCUGGGGUCUACACCCGCAUCACCUCCUUCCUGGACUGGAUCCAUGAGCAGAUGGAGAGGGACCUGAGGACUUGAAGAGGAGAGGCAAGCUGCUACCUGAGCUCCUGAGAGCAGGCAGCCGAGGCCUCCCUGGAUUGGAGCGUGGGCAGAGCCAAGGGGAGCUGUCCGCCGGACCCCACCACCCAGCACCACCUGCUUCUCAGGCUUCAGCCGGGGCUUUGGGUCGAGACCACCUUCAGGCCCCUUCCUGACCUUCACCAAGACCUAAAGCAGAAAGCCCCAUGUGCUGUCUUUCCUCGCUUGUUCAUUUGCUUUUUAAAAUUAAUUUUCCUGGUCCCUGUUUGGGAUCUAGAGCAGUGACAUUUGUUUGGGAACUUGGUACACGUGUGUAUCAUACCUUGGACAUGUUUAGUCCCGUCCAGCCCUUCCCCUGGCCUCCCUUCCAUUUGCUUUUCUCUGCAGGGGUUGUGCAAGGUUCCUGACAAGACAAGCAGAGCCUGGGACAGCCACUGGGCCCAGAUGUACUGGCCCAGAACUGCAGCCUGAACAGGAGGCUGUGGACGGCGCUGUCCCCUGGACCCCGGGAACCACCCGACACUUAUUUCCAAGACCCUAUUCACUGCGGGGACUUGGUCUGUGGUGAAUGCGUGCUAAGGCCGUUUGUUUCCCCAAAGCAUUUGGUGCUCGGUGUACUACUGGCCGUUUCCAAACAGCUCCAUCCUCAGUGGGCUUUGCCUCAGUGAGGGGCUGACAACACUGGGGAGUUAACACGCUCUGCUGGAACAGGUUUCUCGGCCCAGCAGAAUGACCCCAGGUUCUAGCCCCAGAUCCAGGUCGUGAGUGGAACAGGACCACCCUCCCCCCAGGGUAAGAGGCCCCCCAGGCCUCCCGCUGGGCAUCAAAGCAAGUAGGGGAGCAGGUCAUAGCCCAUCAAGGCCAUGGCCUGCCCCACUUCUGCACGCGCUUGUCAAUCUACCACGCACCCGCAGGACAGGGGACCCCUCCCCGCUGACCACAGACUCCUGCUGCCCCCAAGUCACACAGUAGCAGAGGAAGGUAACCCAGAGGUGCCAUCGGCUCUUCAUGCUUGGCACGAAUCAUCAGGACACGAAUGAAUUUGAUACAACCAGCGAACUUUGAGGGAAGAGAGAGGGCCCAGGCGCCCGGGGAAGGGAGGGCCAGCAGGGAGUGGGAGUGGGAGUGGGAUUGGGGUGCUGCAGGAGUUGAGGAUGGAGGGCAGGAGUUAGACAAACUGCCACGCGGCCACUGUGGUUCAGGGCACCACCCCGACCGCGCCAGGACACGGACCGCUGGACAGAGUAGACCCCAUUACACUGACCCCCAGCAACGCCCGCAGCCAUAGCUAUUACUGCAUCCAUAGAUAUGACACUUCUCUCCACUCAGACAUCACCUAUGGUGAAGUCUAAUUUAUAAAUCAAGCGCCGGAAGAGAUGGACAAAAUAACUAAUCAUACGUACAGCAGUUAAAGCAAUCCACCGUAAUACAAGCGGUGUGACUGUGGCAUCUCCCGAAACCCUGUGUUUUUGCCCUCACCUAAAGGCCCCUCUGGCGAGUGUGACAGUGAAGUCCCAGCUCUCCUGCCCGGGCCUCUCGGAUAUCAGGACAUUCCAUCUGGUGACCGCGGUGAAUGCCAGUGACGAAUGUGCUGGUGGUGUCUCCAGGGUGGACACAAUGGUCCUCAAAUGAGUCACGUCCUGGGCAGGGUGCAGGGGAUGGGGUGAAAUUCCACCCCGCCGGUCUGAACAGCGGGUCACUUAAAGCUUAUAAAUUGUUUAUUUCUGGAAUUUUCCACUGGAGAAUUUUGGACCGCUGUUGACUGGUGUAACUGAAACUCAGAUAAGGGUAACUACUCAAAUAGAAAAAUGUCAAGACCGUUUUUAUUCCAAGUAUUUCUGCCCAGCUGUCUUUAGAAGGAACAAAAGCUCGCAGAUUACAUAUCCAACCUGUGGGAAGAGGAAAGAUUUCCCAUGCGAUCACCUCACUGGAGAAAAAUGGGCCUUGGGGCCAGCAGACACACGUUUCUGGCCCACUGAGGCUUCUUCCUUCUCUAAUUACCAUGGGGUUUUUGGGGAAAUGUUUGAUGGCCUGCAUUAUGUGGUGGCAAUCAAUCAGUGUGUACCAGGUGCCUCAUGUUGCCUUCACUUGUUUUUUAUCUUUUUGUGUUUACCUGUUUUAUUUUCAUAAUAGCCCUGUAUUUUCUUAACAGGUGGUGUGCUAACUUUCUGUCACCAUGACAAAAUACCUGGCAUAAGUGACUUAAUGAGAGGAAAGGUUUAUUGUGGCUCACGGCUUCCGAGGCUUCGGUCCAUGCUUAGCUCGCUCCAUUGUUGCUGGGCCCGUGGCAAGGAAAGCUGCUCACCUCAUGCUGGCCAGGAGCACACAGAGAAAGGGGCGGGAGGGUUGGGGACAGGAUAUGGUCACCAAGGGCUCAUCUCUUCUGUCGGUGAGGACACUGGGCCAGAGAAGGGAGGCGUUUCAUCUGGGACUGGAAGGCUCCUGGUACUGGCAGGAAUGAAGGCUGCAUGGGGGAGCUGGGUGCCUCAGCAUUGGCACUGCGAGGGGCUUCACAUCACCUAUGUGAAGCAACCUGAGACCCAUCUGUGGUUCAGAGUCCUGACGAGCUUCCUCCUCUAAGAGAUGUUUGGUUUCCAAGGAGACAUCUGCAGACUCCAUGGAGGUCCAUGGUUGGCUUUCUUCUUCCUUGUUUCCAUGGCUACUGCUUCAAACCUUCCCCAUGCUUAAGAGCCAGGGCAGACGGGAGCCAGGAAAGAAAGCCACAGCUAGAAACCUCCUGACCUGCAGCCGCCUCUGGAGACAGCUGGAAGAAUGUCUGCCAGGAGCUUCCUGAGCUGGUGGAUGGACAGAGUCCCCAGCACCCAGCCGUCCAGGACAGACCACAGAGACUGACUUCUCACUCUCUCUCUCUCACUGUAAUUCAUAUCUGAGAGGGCUUUAUUUAACAGUUUUAAAAGAAUGAAUUAUGGAAGGCCUAACAGCACUACGGUCAGUUAGAAGAAGAGUAUUCAACGUCAGUCCCCAACUUAAUACUAUAGUUGGCCGUGAAAGCUGACCCCUGGCUCUGUCAUCUUGUCAGGAGGGCUUCUGCCUGAAUCUGAGGAUGCCGGCUUCGGGCUGUGUCCUCUUUCUCCAUGUCUGGUGCGGGGACACGGGACAUAGACACAGUGCAGAGUCUGGGGCUCCGGUGGAUGGGGGUACGGAAGUGAGUAUUCCGCACCUGGGCGCUCUGGGCUGUGAAUCAUGUGACCUUUCCACAGGUGUCCAUUCCCGGUGCCGGCCUCCAGCUCUGGGAGAGGACAGGGGCCAAGUCUGGGGGGCAGGGGAACAGAGCCAGGCCCCAAGCUGAACGGUAUCGAUGUCGGUAAUGUGGUGGUGAUACCGCACAGAACCUGGAUUUGCAAAAUGUUAUCACUGGGGGAAAUUCAGCAACGUUUACAAGGGACCCCUCUGUAUUAUUUCCCAUCAUGGCCUGUGAUGCUACAUUUAUCCCAUUGACACAAUUUCCAAUUUUAAAAAGGACCAGGGAGACAACAGUUCCGUCCACAUCAGGGGACUCACUUAGGAGCUCUUGCCGGAGGGCUAGGUAAGAGGUCUGGGGGUUGCAGAACUGCUUUUAGGAUUUCACAGUGUUUCCACAGAAUCCCCUGGAGAUUCAUUCAAAUUGUGUCCAUAGUUUGUUCCUUUUCACUAUUUUGUACUCCGUGGUGCAGAUGUACGAGUUUGGCCAACCAUUCUCCCGAUGAGGAACAUCUGGACUGAUGUAGUUUGGGCAACUGCAAAUAAAGUUCU